CUGCAUAUAAUCGACACUUGGCCUACGUGUGCGUGGAACGUGCGUGGAUUUAUGUGAGCUAAAGGAUGGCGAAGUAUUGCUUGGUUUUACUGCUGUUGAUUGCACACCAGUGCCUUAGUGCAGACGAUGAGGCGUGCCAGGUGUUCGGCGGAGGACAUGUCUACCCGCAAGAAACUAUGAAAUCUGCAGGUCAUGCGCUACAUUGGAGUAAAGCGCAAAUUUCAAAAGCAGCACCCCAUUUUGAAGGCACAGCUGUUGUAGAUGGAGAGUUCAAAGAGCUAAAAUUGACAGACUUCAAAGGAAAAUACCUGGUAUUCUUCUUUUACCCAUUGGACUUUACCUUUGUUUGUCCAACAGAAAUCAUUGCCUUUAGUGACAGAGUAGAGGAAUUCAGAGCUAUCAAUGCAGAGGUUGUUGCCUGUUCAGUUGACUCUCAAUUUACGCACUUGGCAUGGAUUAAUACUCCACGUAACCAAGGUGGAUUAGGACCUCUAAAAAUUCCUCUGUUGUCUGAUCUCACCCAUAAAAUUUCCAAGGACUAUGGAGUUUAUCUUGAGGAUAAUGGGCACACACUGAGAGGACUUUUCAUUAUUGAUGAUAAGGGAACAUUGCGACAAAUCACCAUGAAUGACCUGCCAGUGGGCAGAUCUGUGGAUGAAACUCUGCGGCUGGUCCAAGCAUUCCAGUACACUGACCAGCAUGGAGAGGUGUGCCCUGCAGGAUGGAAACCAGGUGGCGACACUAUCAUUCCAAACCCAGCUGACAAGCUCAAGUAUUUCAACAAGCUGAAUGAAUAAAUUGAAGAUUUUUGACAAGUUGUAAAUGUUAUCUACCUUCAUGGUGGAUUUAUGCAGUAAUUUUUAUAUUCAGAUCAGUUUUAUGUAUCUCUGCCUUUUUCUUUAACAGGACGAGAUAGAGAAUU